AUGGACAAGACGCUUCUUCAACAACAUCUAGUCAGCCACCGCGGUAAUUUCCUAGCCGAAACAUUCAAGCUGUUUAGACUGCUUCGGUGCAUAUUUGCCUCUGUAUUUUAAGCAUAAUUCUGUCAUAUAAAUAAUUUCCCCAUUUAAUGUCAUAUUUCCGUUUAGUCGGGUAACGGUAGCUGGCUUGAUAAAUUAGCCUAUCACUAGGCUAGUCGCUAACUAGCAAGGUUAGCUAGCUACCACCUCCUACCAUGAGCUCACCAAGCUACUGCCCUCCUGCUAAAGAAGAGGAGGUCUGCUGGACGGAGAAAGAGGGUCUGUGGCUGAACAUUGUCGUGAAAGAGGAGGAUAUCACAGUAAAACAAGAAGUAGAGGGUGAGGCUGUUACAGUGAAAGAAGAAGAGAAAGACGCGUUCAAAGUGAAAGAGGAGGAGGAUGUUACAAUAAAAGAGGAGGAUGCAGUUUUUGGAGUGAAGGAGGGAGAGAUAACUGUCACAUUGAAGGAGGAGAAGGAACAUGAGCAGGAGGAGGAGACAGGCGAUCUGAUUAAAACCAGAGAGGGACCAGACUCUCACUCUGACAGCGGGGAGACUCCUUCAGGGGAAUCAGACCCAGAGACGCCCAAACCAGCGAGACAACACCACUGUCCCCAGUGUGGAAAGAGUUUUAAGUGGUUAAGGAACCUCAAAGCACAUGAGAGAAUGCAUACAGGAGAUAACCCUUACGAUUGCUCCCACUGUGGAAAGAGUUUUACCAAGUUAGGGAACCUAAAAGAGCAUGAGAGGACACACACAAGAGAAAAGCGUUUCCAAUGUUCCCAGUGUGGAAAGAGGUUUACCCAGUUACGGUACCUAAAACAACAUGAAGAAAUACACACAGAAGAUAGGAAGACCUACCACUGCUCUCAGUGUGGAAAGAUAUUUACUGGGUUAGGGAACCUGAAAAUACACAUGAGAAUACACUCUGGAGAGAAGCCUUACCACUGUUCCCACUGUGUAAAGAGUUUUACUCAGUUAGGGAGCCUGAAAACACAUGAGAGGGGACACACUGGAGAGAAGCCUUAUCACUGUUCCCACUGUGAAAGGAAUUUUAGGUGGUAUGCGAGCCUGAAGGAGCAUGAGAGAAUACACACAGGAGAAAAGCCUUACCAAUGUUCCCGCUGUGAAAAGAGUUUUACCCAUCGAGGGAGCCUGAAAGCGCAUGAGAGAAUACACUCAGGAGAAAAGCCUUACCAAUGUUCCCGCUGUGAAAAGAGUUUUACCCGGUUAGGGAGCUUGAAAAGGCAUGAGAGACAACACAUAGGAGAAAAGCCUUUCCAACAUACUAAUACACAGGAGGAGAAGACAUACCACUGCUCUCAUUGUGAAAAGACAUUUUCCCAGUCAAAGGAUCUGAAAUCACACGAGAGAAUAGAGAGGCUGUGUUCUGACUUAUGUUUUUGAUUGAGAAAUUAUGUUUUUGUUCAUGCUACAUUAAAUCAUAUUGUAUGAAUGAAAUCAUACUGAAAAAUAGGUCUACGUUUUCUUUUCCAGCUCAAAACAUGAUCAUGUCGAAAGUCAGAUUAUAAGAGUUAACAAAAAUAUAUGAUGUUUUAAUUAUGAACUUAAGAUUGAUUGAAUGCAAGUGUAAACCCUGAAAUGUUGUUCACUAUAUAGUUGGGAUUUUUCAAACAUGUUAAUUAUUAAAUAGAUUGACAUUAGUAUUUAUUCAUUAAGAUUGUCAUUGUAAUUGUGUAUUGGUUCUCAAUUGACAUAUCUGAUUAAAUAAAGGUGAAAUAAAGGGAA